AUGGUCCGCUACCGCACGAGGAGCCCGAGCGAGCAUCUGCGCCAGGGGUACAGGCUGCAGAACCCUGAGCAGAAGCAAAUAGGCGAGGACCAAGAGCAGGAGCAGUGGCUGAGCCCAGACAGCAUCCAGGUCCACGCAAGGACCCACAGAACCCGCUGUCGCUCUAGGCGCAGGCGCUGCUCCCGGAGGAGGCUGUACCGCAUCCACAGACGGCGGCGCCGGUCCUGCGGCAGACGCCGCCGCCGCUGUUGCAGGCGUAGGCAUCGCAGAGGCUGCAGAAGGAUGAGGAGGAGAUACAGACGGUACUAA